AUGGAUCUCGCUCGUAGAAACAACGUGCUCCAAUAUAAUGACAACACCGUCAAUGGUGCAACGGCAGACAUUGCCAUCACGACACAUGGAUCCGACUUCUACUUCGCUAUUUGCGCUGCGAUGGGGUUCUCUGGGUUUUGUUUCCUAGGUCUCGCCUACCGCAAACAGCGUCGCGACCGUCUCUUCCACUACAUCACCGCAUCUGUAGUCUUCGUCGCAUGCAUCGCCUACUUCACAAUGGGAUCCAAUCUGGGCUUCACACCAAUCGCAGUCGAGUUCCACCGCAGCGACCCCAAGGUAGCAGGAAACUACCGUUCGAUCUACUAUGCUCGUUACAUCGACUGGUUCAUCACUACGCCUCUGCUGCUCCUCGACUUGCUUUUGACUGCUGGCAUGCCAUGGCCGACUAUACUUUGGGUCAUCAUGGUUGAUGAGAUUAUGGUUAUCACUGGUCUGAUCGGUGCCCUCAUUGACAACCGUUACAAGUGGGCCUACUUCGCUUUUGGCUGCUUUGCUCUUUUCUACAUCGUCUACCAACUUGUCUGGGAGUCGCGCCUUCACGCAAAGAAAUUCGGUCGCGAUGUUGAGAAGGCGUUCUUGAUGUGCGGAAGUAUGACCGCUCUACUUUGGAUCCUGUACCCAAUCGCAUGGGGAGUCGCCGAGGGCGGUAACGUCAUCGCCCCUGACAGUGAAGCUGUUUUCUACGGUGUACUUGACUUCCUAGCCAAGCCAUGCUUUGGUGCCCUCCUCUUGUGGGGCCACAAGGACAUCGACCCAGCCCGCCUCGGUCUCUCUAUCAAGGACUACGAUGGUGAUGCCAUGGUUCAUGAGAAGCGCAAGCCUGAUGGCGUGAACAACGGCCAGACCGCUACCCACCCUGACGGCUAUAACGGCACUGCUCCUCAUGUCGACAACACUGUUUAG